AUGGAGCGACCGGCGGAGGAGGUGGCGGGGGCGAUCCACCGGAUCGUGCAGAAUGCGGACCUGCCGCUGCAGGCCGCCACCAUCCGCCGCGUCUUCGCGCCCUCCGCGCUGCUAAAUCAGCCGCUGCUCGCGUGCCGCUCCGCCGCUGCAAUUGAAAACCUCCUCUGGCUGCGUAGCGUCACGGCAAUCUAUUGGUACUUCACCGUCGCUGACGUCAUCUACGACGUCACGCGCCCGGAUCGCCUGGCGGUGCGCGGCACGCUGUGCGUGCGGCCGUGGCUCGCGCCGCUCACCACGCGCCAGCUGCACAUGGUGGCCGUGCUGCGCCUCGAGCCGCACGAGGAGCGCGUCGCGUCUGACGACGAUAGCGACGUCUCCCCAGCGCUGUCUAGAGCGGGUGGGGCCAUUGGCAGCGGCAGCGGCAGUGUCAGUGGCAGGGAGAAGGGCGGCGUCAAUGCUAGCGGCGGCGGCGGCGGCGGCAGCGGGAGGCGGGUGGUGUGGCGCAUCGCGGAGCAGAGCAAUUUCUUCGAGGUGGACCCGCUCGUGGCGGAGGUGCCCCUCAUCGGCGCGCUCUACGCCUGGUCCGCGCGCCUCGCAUUUCUCCCCACUGUGUUGUCGCACGCCAUGACCGCCGGCAAUGCCGUCUACCGGAUGGGGCUGCCCGGGAUCUGGGUGGCAUCUGCUGUCCUGUCUGGCGUGCGACAGGCUGUCACGAGCGUCCUGCAUGUGGUGUUCUGGGUGCCCAAAGGACGAUAG